AAUAACAGGAAAUCCUAACCACUAAACUAGACAAGUAUCAUCUUUCUAAUAAUUUCUGAAAUGCCCUGGUCUAAUGGAAGAAGUAAUGAUUGCCAGCGUUUUGAAUGCUGUUCUUUUCAUCCAGCCACUUUAUGCCAUAUGGGCCUGUUUCCGCUCCUGUCCAUCAAGCUGUGUGUGUACUCAUGAACGAAACUGCUCUGUUUUAUGUGAUCGAAUAGGACUCCCAGACAUCCCUGAGGAAUUUCCAUGUGAAGCUUCCUUUAUUAAUCUAGAUAAAAACAAUAUCAAAUUUCUCUCAGAACGCGCUUUCGGGACUUUACCUUCACUAAAAUCUCUCUCACUGAGUCACAACAAUAUAUCAUUCAUCACUCCUGGGGCUUUCAAAGGAUUGCCCAAUCUGAUCGAGCUCAGAAUGGCCCAUAAUGAUUACAUUCGAUAUCUGCACACUCAAACCUUUUCAGCUUUAAAGAAACUAAUGAAAUUGGAUUUAGCAGACUGCAAUUUGUUCAACAUCCCUGACAGGCUAUUUGUUGAUCUUCCAUUACUACGGGAACUUGUGUUUUUUCAAAACAACUUUCGGAGGAUUCCAGGAGCUAUCCGAGGAAUGCAAAGCUUGAGUCAUGUUUAUCUGGAAAGUAACAGGAUUGAGGCAGUGGCUUAUAAUUCUCUACAAGAUAUACCAAAUCUAACCUAUCUUAACCUCCAAGACAAUAAAAUAUAUGUGAUCCACGAUAAGUCUUUUCAAGAUUGUGAGAAAAUGGAGUAUCUUUUUCUUAAUGACAACUUACUGAAUGAGUUACCAGAAAACUCCUUCAAAGGAUUGAAAAGACUAAAAAUGUUAAACUUGGGUGGGAACUAUAUACGAAAUGUCUCAGGUGUUUGGUUUCAAGAUUUAGUUGAGCUGGAAGUUCUUUAUUUAGACCGAAAUAAGAUAAGUUACAUUGAAGAAGAAGCUUUUGAAAACCUCACAAGCUUAGUGUCUCUUCAUCUGAACAGCAACAAUUUGACCACUUUGCCCUUUGAGGUCUUUAGACCAGUGUAUUUCAUAGGAAGGCUAUAUCUUUUUAAGAAUCCAUGGGAGUGUGACUGUAGGAUUGAAUGGUUAAGUGAGUGGAUGGAAAACUACAAGCUUGUUCGAGAUAUUCCAUGCUCUUCCCCACCAUCAUUGGCAGGGAUUGACCUCAGUAGCGUUUUGUUUCAAAAGUCUCCUGAAGGAGUCUGCCUCGAGCCAACAGAGCAAAAUUUGACUUACUAUAUUCCCCUUCCAACAGAACGGCUGCAGUCUACUAUGGAAUCAAAACUAAGCAGCCUGAUCUCCAAACUACUUGGAAGCCAUGAAGAUCUUGGAAAUGUAACAGAGAGUUUUGAUAACAGUACAAAUAGCAACACUAGCAAGGCCUCGACAGCUUCAUUAACACAGAAUGUAGCAUCCUUGCUCUUCCUUGUUUAUUUGACUUUGAUUAUAUUUUAGUCUGUCAAUACCGAUAUAAUGGCUUCAAAAAUGACAGUGUGCUCAAUAAUCUUCAUAAAAGAACCACUCGCUUUUAUUCUACCAUUUUACC